UUACAUUUACACCAACUUUGCAUUUACACCCCGUGAUGGUUCAUCACUCUCAUGAUCAGCUCUCGGGCUCUUGGGCGAUUGAACUUGGUUCAAUAGAUCAUGGAAUAUGAGCAGUGAGUCAAGGCCGUGAACUUGUUUAUCAAUCUAUUUAUUAGUCUGUCUUGGUGGCCAGCGAUAUCUAUGGAGCAACUAAAUUGGAAUCGAUAUACGUGAAGGAGACAAUUUUUUUUUUUUGGUUUUGUUGGUGGAGGUGUCGAUCUCAUUUCCAAAGGGUAGAAAAUCUUCAGUUGCCUGGCUACCAGCGCCUGCGCAGGAGAAACUAGAAAGGAUAGAAAAUCUUCAGAUCGAAGCGAGAGAGAAGCAAUAGACGUGAGACGUGAGACGUGAGAGCCAUGCCGCGAAGAGACUAUCGAGAUUCCGAACUGGCGAGACAAUAGAAAAUUGGUGAAAGGAAAAAAGUUGGUGAAAAGGAUUGGAAUCCUUGAAUUAGUCGACCAUCUACGAACCCCCGACUUGCGCGUUCAGUGAGAGAGAGAGAGAGAGAGAGAAGCAGGGGGAGGAAUUAGAGUGAUAGAUGGUUUUUUAUUUCGGUCAGAAGAAAUUCCAGAGGACUGCAGACUAGGAAAUUGGGGAUUCCCGAAAAGGCAGCAGGCAGAACCGGGUAAAACCCUCUUGUGAGGUAUUCCACUCCUUUUCUUUACAGAGCCCACUUCGGAGUUUGAAAUUGAGGCAUUGAAGGCCUUCAAGAAUUCCAUCACAAAUGAUCCGUUUGGGGCACUUUCAGAUUGGACUGACACAAACCAUCACUGUAACUGGUCUGGCAUUGCCUGUGAUCCUUCCUCAAAUCAUGUCAUUUCUAUAUCCCUAGUUGGUAAGUACCUUCGAGGUAGCAUCUCCCCAUUCAUUGGAAACAUUGCCAGCCUCCAGGUUCUUGAUUUAUCUUCAAACUCUUUCACGGAGCACAUCCCAACUCAGUUGGGGCAUUGCUCUCAACUUCUACAGCUAACCCUCUAUGAGAAUUCUCUUCUUGGUCCCAUCCCACUUGAAUUGGGAAACCUUGGAAAUCUGCAAUCCUUGGAUUUAAGCAGUAAUUCCUUAAAUGGAAGCAUUCCUGAAAGCAUUGGCAACUGCACAUCCUUGAGAAUGCUUGAUGCCAGCGUCAAUAAACUCAGUGGCGCAAUCCCAGUUGGCAUUACAAAUUUGGCUAAUCUCCUAUCUUUGGACCUAAGUGGAAACAAUUUAUCAGGGAACAUCCCUUGGGAAAUUGGGAAUCUAUCAAAUUUAGAGUUUCUUCAGUUGUCUAAUAAUAUGCUCACCGGCAAAUUUCCAUCUGAGCUAGUUCAUUGUAAGAAGUUAGUCACUCUAAACAUGUAUUGCAAUUUCAUCACCGGGAUUAUUCCAUCAACUAUCUGUUCACUUCAAAAUUUGAAGAACCUAUCUCUGGGUUACAACUAUAUUGAGGGAUCCGUUCCCUCUUGUCUUUCCAACUGUACCCAUCUUAUCCAGAUUGAUUUGGGUGUUAACAGAAUGAUUGGGGAAAUUCCUCAGGAUUUAGGGAAGUUGCAGAACUUGACAUACCUUAUUCUUGCAGAGAAUAACAUGUCAGGGGAGAUUCCAGACAACCUUUUUAACUGCUCAAGUCUAUACAAACUUGAUUUAUCUGCAAAUUAUUUCAAAGGAAUGUUGAGACCAGGUUUCGGCAAACUCUACAAUCUACAUAUUUUAAAGGUCCACAGAAAUUCAUUGGUAGGGCAAAUUCCACGGGAGAUUGGCAAUCUAAGUCAAUUGAUGUGCUUAGAUCUUGCUACAAAUAACUUUUCAGGUCUAGUUCCUCCUGAAUUAUCAAAACUUUCUCUCCUUCAAGGUCUUUUGUUGCAUGAUAACAUGCUAGAAGGUGCAAUUCCUGAGAAAAUUUUUGAACUAACAUGUUUGACUUAUCUAGAGCUGCAAAAUAAUAGGUUCACGGGUGCCAUCCCAGAUGCAAUUGCUAAUCUUAAGGUGCUUUCAGACUUAUACCUCAAUAGAAACAUGCUUAAUGGGUCCAUCCCAAAAAGUAUGGCAUAUCUUAGUGGACUGGUGGCAUUGGAUCUUUCUCACAACCUUCUCACAGGAUCCAUUCCUGGAUCUGUGAUCGCAGGUAUGAGAAGCAUGCAGUUAUACUUGAACUUCUCGUACAACCUUUUAACUGGAGCCAUUCCAAAUGAGCUUGGUAUGUUGGAAAUGGUACAAACCAUUGACAUCUCAAACAAUAAACUUUCAGGAAGCAUUCCUGAAGCAGUUGGAGACUGUAAAAAUCUAUUCUCACUUGAUUUAUCUUCCAAUGAACUUUCUGGUGAAAUCCAAGACACAUUUUUUACAGAAAUGGUUUUGCUUACUAGCUUGAACCUUUCAAGGAAUUUGUUCAAUUGUGGACUUCCUAAAAGUUUGGGGAAUCUGAUGCAUCUUGUUUCCGUUGACCUUUCUCAGAAUAGGUUCAAUGGCAUAAUUCCUGAAAGCUUUGGCAGUCUCUCCUUCUUGAAAAUUUUGAACCUUUCUUUCAAUCAACUUGAAGGACCUAUUCCAAAUACUGGCAUAUUUAGAAAUAUCACUACAUCCUAUUUAGAUGGAAACUUGGCUCUUUGUGGAGCUAAAUUUCUAAAUUAUUGUAGAAAUCAGAAUGCUCCACAUAGUUUCCCCAAGAAAAUUAUAAUAAUUCUAAUAGCAUUUGGGUUGGUUUUUGUGUUUGUUAUUUCCCUCCUCAUUGGUUACAUUAAGAUGCAUGAAAAAGAAGGGGCUAAGAAUCCAGAACCAAAGUAUAUUUCAGCAUUAGCCCUUAAGAGAUUUGACCAAAGGGAUUUAGAAAUGGCUACAGAUUUAUUUAGUGAAGAUAACAUCCUUGGAGCUAGCAAUUUGAGCACAGUAUAUAAAGGCAAGUUGGAAAAUGAGCAGAUUAUUGCUGUUAAAAAAUUGAAUUUGCACCAAUUCGCGUCAAAGUACUUCAACAGAGAGAUCAAUACCCUAAGCCAGCUGAAGCACAGAAAUCUAGUCAAGGUACUCGGUUAUGCUUGGGAGAGUGGAAAGCUAAAGGCUCUAGUUCUAGAAUACAUGGAGAAGGGAAACUUAGAGAGUAUUAUCCACGAGCCUUGCAUGGGUCAUUCAAGGUGGACACUGUUAGAGAGAAUCAAUGUUUUUGCUUCUAUUGCAAGUGCCUUGGAUUACUUGCAUUCAGGUUAUCAUGUCCCAAUAGUUCACUGUGACCUAAAGCCUUCUAAUAUUCUUUUUGAUGAAGACUGGGAGGUCCAUGUUAGUGAUUUUGGAACAGCUCAAAUUCUCGGUGUUCACCUGCUAAAUGGAAGCACUGUUUCCUCAGGUUUUGCAUUUGAAGGCACUAUAGGCUACCUUGCGCCAGAAUUUGCGUACAUGAGGAAAGUUACAACAAAAGUGGAUGUAUUCAGCUUUGGUAUGAUAGUGAUGGAAUUCUUAACUAAACAGAGGCCAACGGGGCUAACCCAAGAUGAUGGUUUGCCAAUUACUCUGCGUCAACUGGUGGAGGAAACCCUUCGGUGCGGAAUGAAUCGACUUCUUGAAAUUGUAGAUGUGGAUCUCGCUUCAAACAUUUUCGAUGAGAAGCAUGUCGAAAUAAUUGAAGAACUCUUUAAACUAGCAUUGUCAUGCACCUGUCAAGAGCCUGAGGAUCGACCGCAUAUGUAUGAAGUAUUAUCUUUCUUAUUGAUGCUAAAAGUCGCAUGUAGUGGUGUGAGAUGGGACCAAAGCCAUGAAACAAUAACCUAGCAUUCUAGUAACUCAGAGAAGAUAGAAAACUCACUAUUAAAUUUGUCGUUGCUCAUCCUUUUCGGGCUGAGCUAUUGAAUGUUUAUGCAAGAGGCGGCAGACUUUCUUAAA